GUUUUGAAAGUUUUACCACUCACUCAUUCACUCAUAAAACGCUCUCUUCUUUUCACCAUUCUUUCCAUUUUUGUUUCAUGACGGUUCGAAUUCUCUCUCACUCCUCAUAGCAAUCGUAAUGCAGAAAAUGAAGAAGUUGAAGAGUUCUCUGAAUGGUGACAUCAUGUUUGACAUUCUGUCCAGGCUUCCAGUGAAGCCGUUGCUGGGAAUGAAGCGCGUUUCACGAGGUUGGCGCGCCAUGAUUUCCAGCUUCCCGUUCAUCAAAUCGCAAAUGGAAAAGACAGGAUUGUCCCUAACCGGUUUCAUUUUCCAAGAGAAGUUCCAAUGGUGCAGUGAUGACAUCAAGACAGUUAGUCACAUCGCUCUUGAUUCACAAUCUUCCAAGAAAGUUCUUCACAAUGUCUUCGAUUUCCUUCCAGAAUACGUUGUAAUCUUGGCCUCCUGCGACGGACUCGUGUGCUGCCGAAGCUGUUUCCCCUGCUCAGAUCCCUCUGUUUAUCUCUGCAACCCUUCCAAUAAGGAAUGGAUUAGAAUCCAGUGGCCGUGGCAUAAGCUAAAUCUGCUUAGAUGA